UCAACACAUCUCCAACCACCGUAUCACUAUGGCACAAUCACAACACAAUUUGAAUUCAAUUCUGGAGACCCAGUCUCAGCUUCAAGCUCUCUUUGCGCAAAGGAUGGACGAAAUUGAAUGUGAGCUCAAGAAGGCGGGCAGUCCAUCUUCUAUGCUGUCCGUGACGUCACUAGCAGGAGAGUAUUAUAAAUUCAAGGAUUUCGUGUUGUCUGCAUUCCGCUCAAUACAAUCGCAAAUAAGCCUACUCUCCAGCAAACUGGACAAAUUUGAAGCUCACAAAAGGCGAAAAAUUUUACUUCUGCACGGGGUCCCUGAGGUCAACGAGGAGAACACCACAGCCCUGGUCACCGACGUUAUCGUCAACCGGUUGAAACUUGGCGACUUGAGUGACGGAGUCUUCAGCCGAUGCCAUCGGAUAGGUCGUUCAUCUGCUGAUUCCCGUCCCCGCCCAAUACUUAUAAAAUUUAAUGUGUUGGAACAGAGGAACAAAGUCUGGUUCUCCAAGACGCUCUUGCGGGGAUCAGGCAUCACGCUGUCCGAAUUUCUGACGAAAGCUAAUCACGACGUCUUCAUGGCUGCGCGGCGGAAGUUUGGCGUCACCAAAUGCUGGACUCGGGAUGGUGCCGUGUUUGUUUUGGGUGCGGAUGGUGUGCGCCAUCGUGUCGACUGCAUCUCGGACUUCGAUAAAGUCGCCGUACCCGUCGCCGGUGCGCGUAAACAAGCGCGAGGCCCAAAGGAACCUGUUCCGACCACAAAAGCUAGAAGAACUGCAUUGUCCAACAAAAAGUAACAUUGCACUCAUUGAGUGUUGACUUUGUUUAUGAUUGACAGCACAAAAUAACAUAUUUACCUCAAAAUACCCACAUUUCGUAUA